UGUUCAUUUGCACGCAUUUCUAACAGCGUGGGACUCCGAUUCAACGAGAAUUUCGGAGUUGGUGUUACACACGUGGUCUCAAGUCUCCAGAAGUUGUUUAAAUAAUUAAUUAAGACAAAAUGGCCAAGAAAGGAAACAAGAGGUCUCUGGAGGCCUCCGUGGCGCCAGCGAAGGUCGAAGUCUCCCCUCAGGGUCCCCCAAAAAAAUUAAAAAUGAAAAAAGAGCCAAACACCAACGGUGCUGCCGCGAACGGUACCAAACCUCAGCAAAACAAGAAAAAAUCCGUUCCAGCCCAAGAAAAUGCCCCGAAGAAGCCACAGGAGGCUCAACCCCCCAAGUCAGCCCCAAAAAAUCCCAAAAAACAGAAGAAACAACUAGAGAAACCAGAACAAACCCCAGAGCAGAAGAAAGAUCAGGCACUUCAGGUUCUCCAGAAAAAAUUGGAGGCUAAAAAGAAGAAGAAGGAGAUAAGAAGGGAGAAGAGGAAGGAGAAUGGGCAAUUUAAGCCCGAGAACAUUAAAUUGAGUGCUGAUGAGAUUAGAAUCAGGAUCGAGAACAUGAAGAGCAAAGGGGAACUGACUAGAACAGCUCGCAGGAAGCUGGCAGCUUUUCAGAAGAAACUGCGGAUCGAGGAGGGAACUUACACACCACCGUCUGAGCUUCCCAAGACUCCAACAUUGUCUGCAGGUAUGAAACGAAAGAUCAGGAGGCAUAAGAAUGCGAUCCAGAAGAGGGAGGCGGAGACUGCUGGAGGUAGUGAACAGGAGGUGACGAAGAAGUUGGAGGAAAAGGCUAAGAACGUUGCGAAGCUGGUGAAGGAGGAGCAGAGUAAGCAAGUUGCUAAGCCAGUUGUUAAGGUUGAAGGGAAUAAGGUGGGGAAGGAGCAGAAGGGGAAGGGGAAAAAGGUCGUUGCUAAGGUUGAGGCGGAGAGCGAUGAGGAUGAGGAUGAUGAUGAGGAUGAGAAUGAGGGGGAGGGGGAGAGUGAUGAGGAAGACUCUGAGGAGGUUGACAGCACUCUGAAUACUUCUCAGGAAGUGGAGAGUGAUGAGGAAGACUCUGAAGAAGUUGAUAGUACUUUGAAUACUUCUCAAGAGGCUGAGAAUGAGGAUGAUGACGAUGAAGAUGAUGAUGAUGAUGAGGAGGAGGAGGAGGAGGAUGAUGAGGAGGAGGAAGAUGAUGAGGAAGAGGAAGAAGAAGAAAAGAAAGUUGAAAUUAAGAGUAAGCCUGCAGCACCCAAGACACAGAAAGCUAAAGAAACUGCGAAGCCUGAACAAGCCGCUAAAAAUGCUGGACAACAGAUGCAGAAUUCAGACAAGAAGACGAGAUAUGUUCUCUUCGUUGGAAACCUGCCCUACGCAGCGACACAAGACGAUAUUAAGAAGCACUUCCUCACGAAGGUAUCGACCAUCUCUAGUGUGCGAAUUCCCACAGACUCCCAAACCAAUAAACCCCGUGGUUUCGCCUACGUAGAAUUCACAAACAGUGUAGAUUACGAGAAAGGUCUGUCCCUCCACGAGUCCAACCUGCUGGGGCGUAGGAUCAACGUGCAGUACAGUCAGCCAGGGUCAAAAAGCACUGGCAAGAGGCCGGAAGUGGUCGCCAAGAACCAGAAACUCCACGCGAUGAGAAAGCACGGGCAGCUGGCUGGCAGCGUCAAGGAUUCUCAAAAGAGAAACUUCAGGAGAAACCAAAACAAGAGCCGAGGAUAAUCAACAACUCCUUGCAGACAAUUAAUUGCAAUUCCCAUUGCGGGGAACACAACAGAACGAAAUACAUUCUUGAUAUAUCUUCACAGUAGAUAACUUACUGUACAUCUCUGAUUUUUUUAAGUAAAUAGAUUUGUCAAUAUGCGACGUUAUGAAAAUAUAAUGAGUGUCUUAUCUGUUAAAAAAAACA